AUGGCAUCAAUCGUGAGUUGUCCCAUGGAUUUUCAUAAACAUCCAAAAGAGACUUUCAAUUGUCGGCUUAAAUUCAGAAGCUAUACCUAUCCAUUGACCAAAGUUAUCUAUAAAUGGCAUAUUCCUACACCUAUAGCACUUCAUCCACGAUUAAAACUUUCAAAACACAAACUUGAUAUUAGCUAUCAAUCAUUUAAUAUCUCUACUUUUGAAGGAUAUUUUUCGAUUAUCCAGGUCACAUUUACAUUUAAGGAAAUGAUUGCAAACAAAUUAUUUCACGUAUAUUUACCCAGUUUUAUCAUUGUCUUUCUCAGUUGGCUUUCAUUUUGGAUAUCAUCGGAUACACUGCCGGCUCGGGUGGCGUUAUGUGUGAUGUGUUUGUUAGCAAUUAGUGCACAAUCUGUUGGCGUCCGACAGGAAUUACCUCGAGUUUCAUAUAUAACUUUAGUUGAUAUCUGGCUAUUGGGUUGUUUGAUGUUUAUAUUUGGAUCACUAUUUGAGUACACAAUUGUUAAAUAUAUAGAAGCAGUCCAUGAAAAACAUUUAAAAGAUAUUUGCGAUAAAAAUGAUUCACAAACACCUAAAAUACAAGAAAAUAACGAAAAUAAUGUUUCAUUGACUAACUCUACAUACUAUACAACACCUUAUUAUCCAUUGGUUUGUUCAUUAGUUUUUGAUUAA